AUGGCCAACCCACUCGCCAUGCUGGGAUUGGAAAUGUCUGAGAAGCGCUCCCCCACACCGCCCGAUAGUACGGAGAUCUCAUCCGUCUACAAGGCUGGCUUGAUUCCGCUGGGCGUAUUCGCCUUGAUGAGCAUGGUAUCAGUAACUACGCUACUUGUAUUCAUCAUGCAACGCAUGAUAUCCUGGAGGAAACAUUACAAGCAAUACGUCGGCUACAAUCAAUAUGUCAUUCUCAUCUACAACCUGCUGCUGGCCGAUCUCCAACAAUCCAUCGCCUUCUCGAUAUCCUUCCACUGGCUCCGUAUCGACAAGAUUGUGCCGUCUACCGAAGCGUGCUUUGCGCAAGCCUGGUUCCUGCAGAUUGGCGAUGUUUCCAGCGGCUUCUUCGUCCUAGCGAUUGCUAUACAUACUUGGUUGGGCGUGGUCAAGGGAUACAAAAUGCCGUACAAGUGGUUUGUUGUGUCAAUUUUGGCCAUUUGGUCCUUUGCGCUAUUGCUCACGAUACUGGGGCCGGCAAUGCAUGGCACCCACUACUUUGGUCGUGCCUCAGGCUGGUGCUGGGUGUCGCACUCGUAUCAGAGAGAACGCCUCUGGCUACACUACUUCUGGAUUUUCAUUGUCGAAUUUGGAACCAUGAUCAUCUACGCGCACAUAUUUUUCCACCUACGCGGUCGCAUCCGAAGUAUCAUCGCAAACGACACCAGCAAGCUUUCACGUGCAACAAAGUUCAUGGUCAUGUACCCUGCUGUCUACAUGGUCCUGACCCUACCCAUUGCCGUAGGGCGCAUGACCGCCAUGAACGACGAAUCCUUUCCAGAUAUCUUCUUCGUUAUAUCUGGCAGCCUUCUCACAUCGUGCGGCUGGAUUGACGCACUCCUCUACACUCUUACAAGACGCGUGCUGGUGUCUGGAGAUAUGGGCACCGGGCACUAUUAUAACAGAUCAAUCACACGAACGCUUACCAACCCCGCGCGCCCAGGCGAUGGCCAGAAUUACGGCCUCCAGACCAUGAACGUCAAAGAUUCCGGUGCUGGAGCGCACACCAUUACAAUCACCGGUGGUGCCCAAAGGAUGUCGCGCAUGGGCGACCACCACCGCUCACGCAGUUACGGUACGCGAUCACGACACGACGACAUGCUUUAUGACGAAGAAAGCGCGACACGAGCAGGAUCACAAGACUCGAUCAUCAAAACAUCACAACCAAAUGGAAUCAACAUCAUCACCGAAACAAGUGUACAAGUGGAAACUGCAGAGGACAGAGACUUUGAUGCAGAGUCACCACAACUAAAAGAGUGGAACGGGUCUUAUGGUCUUAACACAUAG